GGGGGCGGGGUUAGGGCGGAGCCUGAUUAAUGAGGUGGAUUCGCACUAUGGAGGAGGUCUUGAUCGCUGCGGUCAAGAUUGGGUAGCCUAGCCGGAAGUGGGCGGACUUCUACCCGGAAGGUGCAGGACUCCGUGGUGGCGGCAAAAAUGCUUGGAGCUAAAGCAGACUACCUACUACCUAUGGACUGCACGCGCCGGCUAGUGGCGGAGGUGCAGGGCGCCCUGGACUCCUGCGCUGAGCGGCAGCGGCAGUUGGAGCGGAGCCUGCGCGUUUCCAGGCGGCUGCUGCAGGUCUGGGAACCAGCCAGGACCCUAGCUCCGGAGCCAGAAACCAAGGAAGAGGCCGCAACUUCAGCAUGCACACCGAAUGCUCAAGACCUCAAAGAGCUGGAGCUUCUGACCCAGGCACUGGAAAAGGCUGUGCGAGUGAGGAAAGUCGUGUCUAAGGCUGGACAGAGAGACAGAACUCCCAGCCUGACAUCUGCAUCUAAUGCAGUCACUUCUGGUGCUACUGCCCCUGCCCGUUCCCAGGCCCCCAGCCAGCUUGGCAGCCAUGCAUCAGGUGCAAGAUCCACCAAGGCUGUACAAGGGGCCACGGUCCCUGACCAGAGUGCAGAUCCAGAGCGCAGACUUCGGUCAAGGGGAGAUAGGACCCAAAUGAAAACAGGAGCGCAAGCACCGGGCCUCGGGGACCAACAAACGGCCCCAGCAGCUGUUCCUCGUGCCACAGAAUUCACACUAAAAGAGAAAGGGACCCUCCUGCAACUACCUGUGGCCUUCAGGAAGGCAGCUUCCCUGAAUUCUCGUCUGUGGGCACAGCUCAGCUCUAUACAAGCCAGUGACUCUGCAGGCAUCACCAGAGCCACCAAAACUGAGUUCCUCCACAAACUCCAGGCGGCCUCAGGUUUACCCAGCCACAGGCCCAGUGCUGCCGAGGUGGGAGCGCAAGCCCAGAGCCUGAGGAAGGCCUGCUCACUGCUGAGACUUCACAUGCAGAAGGAGCUUUCAACAGCCCCCACUGACUGGAUGCAGGAAUACCGAUGCCUACUCGUCCUAGAAGGACUGCAGACCAUUGUUGGACACUGUCUCCAUAGGGUACAGGUGCUGCAAGCAUCCAUGACAGAACAGCUGCCAGGACUAUGCCCUGUGGAGAAGCCCACUCAGUCCUCAUCACAUUGUGGAGGAGAGACGGACUCUGCCUGGAGCCCCCAGCUCCUUCUGUACUCCAGCACCAAGGAGCUGCAGACCUUGGCAACGUUGAAGCUUCGAGUGGCCAUGCUAGACCAGCAGAUCCAUCUAGAAAAGGUUCUGAUGGCUGAACUCUUCCCUCUGAUAAACACCCAGGAGGCAGGAGGGCCACCUCGGCUGGCACUGUGUCGGGCUGCAUAUAGUCUGCUCUGUGAAGGAGGUGAGCACUUCCUCACAGUCCUUCGAGAUGACCCUAUCGACUAAGCAGACUGGACAAGCUUCUCUGGGAGAGUCCCCUUCUCUCAGUGGGAGUGUAAUGAACAGGGAUUGAAGGGAAAUUUCCUGUUUGGAGGUGCUCAGAGCAGAGAUACCUGUAACUUUACUGGGAAAGCUAGGUGGUCAAAAUGAGGUGGUCAGGGUACUCCCUUAGCUCUGCGUAGCCACUGCACUUCCUGAUCAGGGCUCAGCUUUCUGCCUCCCUGGGGAGCCUUUCUUGGCUCCCUCUACUUUCUCUCACUGUAGGUCCACAAACUACUUGUAUAAUACUAGAGCUGCUUUAGAAAGUGUGUAUAUUUAUAUUAUGUCAAAGUAGAGCUUGGUAAGGAGCUUUUCAUAUUCUUGUUUCUUUGUAAUUUUAAGGAUUUUUAUCUGUUGAGGGGCUUGGGAUACACCUGUCACCCCAUUACUGGGGAGGCUGAAGCAAGAGAUCCUAAGUCUAAGGCCAGCCUAAAACCCUGCCUAAAAUAAAAUAAAUAAAGGGAAGAAUAUAUCAA